AUCGAAGCUUCGUACGAAUGAGUUUGAAGAAGUUGAUCUGAUAGGUGUCUUAGCCUGCUUGUGGGGUGACCCUAAGACACUACAGCAGAGCCCAAGAGGCCCCAGAGGAAGAAGCUAGAGGAACAGGCACAGGAAAUGGGCAACCCAGAGUAUCAAUUGCACAGCAGUUGAAACCCAAGAGGCAGGGCUUAAAGGCAAGGGGAAAACAUGGAUAGAGGCUGCUACCCAGAGCAUUGAAGUCCAUCAGUGGAUUCCUCAGUGGGUGGGACAAAGCAAGGGAUAACCCCAGCGCAGGACGCUCUGGAAGGUGGCCCAGUUGUUUCUGGAGGCCAUGUACAUGUGAGGCAUAGCCUCACAACCAGUGAAAGCCAUAUUUCUCCUUUUCUUGCCUACCUACUGGACCUGAGUGUCCUUCCUUCAGACCCCUGGCUGCCUGAACCCCUUGUGCCCAACACCAGCAUCCUGGGCAGUGGUGUCUCCCUCAAGGCCCAGCAAUCUGAUUAGUGUAAUGUCAGAGAAGAGAGUCAUAAUCCGCUCACCAGGAGAAGGAUAAAUUCCUAGGCCAGUGCUCUGCUGAUCCAGAUCCAGACGACUGGCACCUGUGGCUCCCUGAGAUCUGUCCAACGCUUGCCUGCAUGAGGAGUCCAGCCCAGCCUGACAGAGUCCAGAAGCUAAGGGUCACUGCAGUGUCUCUGCCAGCCUCACCAUGAACCUGGAGCCACCCAAGAGUGAGAUUCGGUCAGCCACACGGGUGAUGGGAGGGCCGGUCACCCCCAGGAAAGGACCACCUAAAUUUAAGCAGCGGCAAACAAGGCAGUUCAAGAGCAAGCCCCCCAAGAAAGGCGUGCAAGGGUUUGGGGACGAUAUCCCUGGAAUGGAAGGCCUGGGAACAGAUAUCACCGUCAUCUGCCCUUGGGAGGCCUUCAACCAUCUAGAGCUGCAUGAGCUGGCCCAGUAUGGCAUCAUCUAGUCAGACCCCCCCUAUGUGAGUGAGCCCUGUGGAUGCUACCUGCUGAAGACCCACUCUACCAUCUGUAAACCCUGUCCAGGACCCCUGCCCAAGCUUGAGCCUGAGUCCCUAGCCUCCCCUGGGACAACCUCAAGCCCUGACACCAGAUUCUGAGAGCCUACAGCCUCCCACAGGACACCCCCAUUGACCUGAAGUCACUGAGCAGCAGAAAGAAGGGAGUGGGACCCAGCCCCACCUCCUGUCCUUCUUUGUGGCUGUAAUGCAGGGUUGGACUCCCCAGUAAUGUUUCCCCUGAACUGCCUUCUAAGGAUAACCAAGUUCCUCUGUCUUGCAGCCAUUCCAGAUGGGUGUCUUGGGGUGGGACACUGUCCUGGGGUGAUGUGGCAAGAGAGACCAAGCUACCCCACCCAUUAUACCAACCUUCCCAACAUACUCUUGUCCCUUGUCCCUAUUUCGAAAUAAAAUUAGCUAUGUCCUUGCUUA